GAUUUAAUGUAAAAGAUCGUUCCUUCUACGCAUCGCUACGCACAAAACUUGCUUCAAGUGAUCAACACGAUACCAUAAAUGACAAUAAAACUGGCAAUUCAAAUGAUUCAAAUGCUGUAACAAUAGAAGAAAACAAUGUUGGCGCAAAUAUUGAAUUCAG